CCUCUUGCAUACGUUGAAUGGUUUACCCCGUUCAGAGAGCCAGACGAGUCGUCUGGUCUGCGUCUAAUAUCUCGUUCAACGCGUCACUUGCGACGGAAUUCGGCCGUGAUUCAUGUUGACGAGAUUAUUCGUCCAUGUCACCUCAUACCCAAGAUGGGUCAA